AUGUCACCAAACGUGCAAGAGAUGGAAGGAGCGAGGAGGAAAAGGACCCACGAGGAAUAUUCUUCAGAAGACAUCGUCAUGAACGACGUCUCCUCUCUUAAGCCCUGCGAAUUCAAUGGCGCCAUCAAUCCUCCUAAUCAUAUUUCGAUUCAAUCUCCUCCGCGCCAAAGAAGUCCCGAGUCAUUAACUGACGCCGGAAGCAUCACCCCACCCAGACCCAGCCCUUCACCCAGCCCCACACCCACCAAGAACAGAGCUACCUCGCCGAGCCCUCUCCCGAAUUCCAUGGCCCCCGGAACGAGUCCGACGCCGAAGAACGGCACCGCAAAUCAACCACCCGCCAAGCGGAAGCGGUUAACAGCCGCCGAAAAAGCCGCCAAGGCCGAGGAGGAAGCGAAGAAGAAGAAGGAAAGGGAAGACCUACGACAGCAGAAACUAGCGGAAAAGGCCAAACAGGACAUGGAGAAGCAAAUCGCCAAGGCGGCCAGGCAAGCCGAGAAGGCGAAGAAGGACGCCGAAGAGCAGGAGGCGAAGGCGGCGAAGCAGCAAGAACGGGAGGAGAAGAGGAAGAAGAAGGAAGAGGAGGAGCGGAAGGCGCGCGAGGAGAAGGAAAAGAAGGAGAGGAGUCAGCUUAGGCUGCAGUCUUUUUUCAAGGCACCUGCUACGCCGAAGAAGCCGGCUGCGGCUACACUGGGUGCGGUGGAUGCGAAGGCGGGGACGGAUGGCGGCACGACUGCUUCGACGACGACGACACCGCGGAAGAAGCCACAGAGCGAGUACGAGCGGAUGUUUCAGCCUUUCUUUGUCAAGGAACAUGUGCGUAUGGCACCGACCUCGUUGCCGAUUGCCGAUCAAGAGACUCUCGAGGCCAAGUCGAAGAUUCUGGACGAGUACGUGAACGGACAUCGAGGUAUCGACGUUACCGUGAAACCAUUCAAUCCAAUCGACACGUUCCAUCUUAUACAACCGCCGAAUCGAACAGGCAAGAUGCACCCGCCCGUGAGAGCCCUCAUCGAGGAGCUACACGACAAUUCGAACGCAGGCGCCCUCGCGAAACUCCGAUCGAUCCCAAUGAAGCUUCUCUGCUUCCGACAAGACGUACGGCCGCCAUACUACGGUACGAUUACCUGCCUCCCUCACCAAUUCGGACCCGCCCGUCUUCGAAGAGCGGCCCGACGUCCAACGCAGAGGGUCCUCGAUCUGGAAUACGACUACGAUUCCGAAGCGGAGUGGCAAGAUGAUGAGCCUGGCGACGAUCUGGAUGACCUCGACGAGGAAGAGGAGGACCUCGAGGAUGAGGAUGAUAUGGAUGGGUUCCUUGACGAUUCGGAGGACGCGGGCGUGGCAAGGCGGAUAUUUGCGAAUACCAUGGAACCGGAGAGUACGGGGCUUUGCUUUGAGAAUGCACAAGGUGUUGGGCCGGUGGCUAGCAUGCGUGCGCAUCGUAUGGAGAUUAUUCUAGGGAACCUCGACCAAAACUGCGGCAUUGAUCCCUUCUCGACACAAUACUGGGACCCCGAACCCAAGCCUAAGAGCACAGCGUCAAAGGGCACGAUGCCACCCCCCGCCGCUCCAACCAACGCCUUCGAAGCGCUAGGCACCAAGUCCGCAGCGACGGCAGCGACGACGUCUUCAAAUACCAACGACAACGCCUCUGGUGACGCGGAUACCAAGACGGGGAAGACACAGGCGCAGAUCACGAAGCCGGAGCUGUUACCGGCCUUCAAGAAGGCGGUGAUUGCGAACCAGAAGCUGAGCAAGAUGGCGAUUGUGGAGGUGUUGAGCGUGCAGAUUGAUGGGUUGACGAAGGCGGAGGCGAAGGUUAUGUUGGAGUAUGUUGCGGAGAGGAGGGGGGCGGGAAGGGCGAAGGUUUGGGAGUUGAAGGAUGGGAGGUGA